AUGAAUUCACGACACCCGAACCGACCCAAGCGCGCCGCAAAGCACAAAAGCGCUAGGAAGCUCCUUCCCCGGAAACCUGAUAUCCGAGCAUUACUUUACAUCGACGAAGAGCACCUGAUAUGCAUCCAAUACACCCAUCUCGAACAGUACUUCGCGAAACCAGGCCGAAUCAUGUCUCACACAAGCAGCAAACCACCGCCAAGAGAAAAACCCAAUGUCUACGUUGAUAUCGCCUCGCACACGCCUACGAAGCCAGCGCUGCUGUCACUCAACAUAACGCCAUACAUCUGGCUCUAUCUGACCUUCAAGCACAUACGCUUCCACUUCUUCACUGAGAAUGACCACCAGGGCCUCGGACUCGCCGAUCUGGCAUCACAAGUCUUUUCCAAACAUGCGAGCAGUUGGCGCAAGCACGUGCUGGAAAGUGGCAAUGUGGAGGAAGUGAGGAUAUGGUGGAGAGAGCGGAGUCUGGAUGUCGUGCUGAAGAGAGGCUCGGAUUGGGCUAUCGAGUGGGACUGUCAUGACAAGGAUAGCGCGCAGAUCGUGGCGCUCAAGAGUUCGUUGGGGUUGAUCGCUUUCCAGCCUAGGCAGUGGAGGGGAUCGGUCGUGGUUGUGAGUGUGGAAGGAUAG